CAACCCCUCACACCACACCACACAUACCCAACAUACACAAUGGUCAAGCGCAAGGAACUCAAAGACAAUGAUGUCGAGAUGUCGGGGACGGAUCCCCGCGUCGACGGCGACGACUCCGACGAGGUACAUACAUACCAAUACCCCUCCAAGCAAUAUACAAGCCCAGCCAAGCAACAACCUGAAAUACGCAAAAUAGAAUUAACGCAUUGAGUCAGGACAUGGACAUGGUCAACGUC